AUGGCAGGUGGCGAGUGGUCGUGGACGUCCAAGAACAACGGAGUGCACCGAGACUCGGGAGGCGAAUCCCAGAGGUGGAAGUGUGCACAUCCUGAUUGCGGCUGCGCCAAGAACCUCAGCUGGUUCACGUGGUGCAAGCACUGCCGCCGCCCGCGUUACGAAGGUGACCAAUCAGACGCGGGUGGCGCCAAGAAGUCAUGGCAGCGAAGUGGUGGAGGAGGCAAGGCACCCGCUCUUCUGGGGGGCGCAGCCAUGCCGCCUGCCGUCACGCUCGGGGAGAUCGAGCAGCUGCUGUCCAUGGCCACCAAGUUUGGCGACGAGGCUGCGAAGUCUCAGUAUCUGGUCUGGAAGAAGCAGAAGCAGGAUGCCGCCAAGGGCCCCGUCGAGAAGCCCUUGGAGCGACAGGCCAACGAGGCGCUGCAGCAGGUUCGCAUCCUGGAGAAGCGCCUCACCCGCGAGCUCGACAGCCUCGAGCGGGCCAAGAAGUGGCUCGCCGACUGCACCAAGGCGGCGUCAGACGCCCAGUCCGAGCUCGACGCCCAAGACCAGAUUCACAAGGAUUUGGUCACCCGCCUCCACAAGGCGGUCAUCCAGCCGCAGCCUGAGCAUGCUGCUGCCCCUCCUGUUCCUGGUGGCAUCAGUAUCCGCGCUGUGCUGGACGGCAAGCCCGACGCCAUCCUCCUCACUGAUGGGGACGAGCUGCUCAAGUUGGAUGACACCGACUACGAGCUGUCGCCGCAGGACUUGGAGGAGUUCAACAAGCGUCGCGCUGAACUUCAGGAGGGGCUGGCCUCUCUCACGAAGGACCUCUUCGCCAACAUGGUAUCAUCCAUCGACAAGAUUCGAGCUGAUCAUGCCGCUCAUGUCAAGCGCAUCGCCAAGAAGCGCAAGGUGGUGGACCAGCAGGAGGGCAGGCAGGCCGCCCCAGGCUCGACUGCACCGAGUGGAGGAGCAGGCGGGGGAGGAGCGGCCCCAGCGCCCGAGGGCGGCGGCGACGGAGGUGGCGCGGAUCAGCCCGAGGGUGGUGGAGCUGGCGCGGCACCGCCUAAGGCCCCCGCCCCUGACGUCCGUGAGCGCGCUCGUGCCGUUCCAGGAGGAGUCGAGUUCUUGGCCGUCAGCGCUCACCUGAAAGAUUCGGAGGGUUUAUCUGAAAGGAAUAUUGGUCUGCUCUCGACUAUCGGCGCCUUGUUGACUUCACGCCAAGGCUCUUUUGUGGUAGGGGCGGACUUCCAGAUGGAGCCAGAAGUUCUUGCAUCGUCGGAGCUUGUGAGCACCCUGCCUGCGAACAUAGUUUAUCCAGACGUUGCAGGAACCUGCGCGGGCACUUCGACUCAGGGAGUUCGGAUGCUCGACUAUUUCAUCGUCUCGAUUGGCUUGGCCAAGGCCAUUCGGAGCACGGAUUUGGUACUAGAGGCGGCCACGAAGCCGCACAAGCCUGCUCGUAUCGCGUUCUUUCCCCAGAUCGCUCAGUUGCAGGCCUUGGGGUUUGCAAAGCCCCCUCCCAUCCCUGCGUACUUGGACCCGCUUCCUUUUGCGCCGCCCGAAGAGCUUCGGAGAGUCUCAAGGUCUUACCCGAAGGGGACAGCUAUCAGUGUGGAUGGAUUCCACAUGAGACACUACGCCGCGAUGUCCGAUGGUGCCCUCAUCGUUCUUAUGUCGAUGUUCAGUAUCAUGGGGUCUACCACCGUCGUCCCCCACCACGUUCGGUCCCUCAUGAUCGCUCUCUUGCCCAAGCAGGACGAUUUGGCUCGCCCGUACCUCGCGGCGGGUGCUUUCACUGGCGCUGCCGACGUUGUCUGGCGCCAGGCCGUGCGUUCUGAGUUUGCUACUGGCUCGCGCGGGUCAGGUGUCGCCUGCUCUGUCUUAUGGGAUUUACACAAGUUUUACGAGCUCGUCGACCUUGGACUGCUCCAGAAGAGAUGUGAUCUUCUGGGAUUCCCUGCCCCCAUCUCCCGUCUGGCUAUCACGAUGUAUCGAGGGCCCCGUUGGAUCUCUAUAGGUGGCAUGGUUCAGGGCCCCUAUUUCGCUCAGUGCGGGGUUGUGGCUGGAGAUUCGUUUGCCACCUCGUUCGUUCGGGCCUGCAUCAUACCCAGCAUCGACCUCCUCGCCCCGUCGGUCAGGGAGUCUCUUGAUGUUUAUAUUGGCGACUACGGUUUGCAGGCCACUGGCAGCGAGCGCUCGGUAGUUUCAGAUAUUUUGCAUGGUGCCUCCCAGCUUCACGCCGUGCUCACCGAUGAUAUGAAGAGCAUCGUUUCCAUCGAGAAAGCCUCCGUGGUAUGCUCUUCUCAGGUUGUCGGUUCCAAGGUGCGUGAUCUGCUGGAAGGUCUAGGAGGAGUCAAUCCAGGCACGAGCACGGCUGUGAAUUUAGGGGUCGACGACACUGCUGGCAGGCCGCGGAGGCAGGCGGGCCGCGGAGUUAAAGCUCGACAGCGCCUCAAGUCUUUCAAGAUUCGAGUGGCGAAGCUGAAGCGGGAAGUGAUUAAGGUCAAGGCUCACGUCGUCGAGAGCGACAGCUUGACCCCUCUCCAAGCCUUUCUCAAGAAAGGCAAUGACGCCGCGGACAUUGCGGCGAAGGCUGGGCUCUCCCUCCAUCCUGCUCCCACCUCGGAGCAGCAGGAAGAUUUGUCGUUUAAGAUAUCGGUUUCGAAGGCGGUGGCGCGUCUUGGGGCUCGUCUCCUGCCGCUGUGGCCUAAGCUCGACCUCAGCGGGGUAGGGUUGCACAAAGAUCCCAAGAGGAUCCAAGUGUUCACGAGCCAGGCCAGCAGCAAGGAGAUGUCGUUGACCCGUCUAUCAGCGGUGCCCUCGUGGGCUCUGUUCGCCUGGUACUCCCAGGGAAAGGACCGCGGGAGGGCGGUCAGCCGGGCGGCGGAGGGCGGGUCCGUGCCGCUUGAGAACGGGCUCGUGGUCGACCACAUCGGGCUGAGCACCGACUCGUCGGACUGCUGGGCGAAGGUGCGCAUGCUGCGCUUUCUGCUAGGCUGGAUGGAUCACAUCGGCACCGAAGGCGUAUACAGCUCCCGGUCGCGAGCGGCCAAGAAGAAGGGUCUGCUGGCUUUGCCGGACUAUGAUCUGAGCACCGUGACAGUGAAGGAGAUGAAAAUGAUGGCGUCCAUUGCGCCUGGGUGCACGGUGAACGCCAUCCAGUCGUCCAAAGUCGUGGGGAAGUUUCGGCUGACGGUCCCAGAGCGGAUCUACAACUUACCAAAUAUUGCCUGCAAGAGCAAAUUGUGCAUCGCCAACCCCGAGAACAAGCAGCGUGAUGUGGUCUCCUACUUCGAGAGGGUGCC